CAGCGCUCUUUCAGCAUCCUCUCAGGCAAGAGCCCCCAAAUCUGUGACAGUGAGCACACUGAGACAGCUCUUAAAGAAUGGCAACUCUCAACACUACUCACUGGAACGAGACUACGUCCAUUUCCCAGUAUCUGGGCUUCCAAGUGCAAAAAAUUUACCCUUUCCACGACAACUGGAACACUGCCUGCUUUGUUAUCCUGAUCAUAUUCAUCUUUACUGUAGUUUCUCUGGUGGUGUUGGCUUUCCUCUACGAACUGCUGGACUGUUGCUGCUGUGUGAAAAAUAAAACUGUCAAAGACUUGGAGAAUGAACCCAACCCUGUCAGGGCAAUGCUGAACAGCUUCAGAAGGCGUGACACAGAGGUGGUGUAGGGAGCACCUGAAGAACGUUUAACACCAGGAGUGAAGCCUCUUGUACCUUUAUGAACGAGCAAGUCACAUGAAGUUUUUCUUCUUCUGGACUUAAAUAUAGU